CGCAUUGCUCGCGCACGGCGCGCGCUACGAUGGGACGACAGACCCGUUAGUGCCCUCCGCUUCCUCCUCUUCCAUCAUGGCUCCCUCGAUAGACAGGCAGGGAUACUGGGGGCGGCCGACCUCGACGCUGGAAUGGUGCGAGGAGAAUUACGUCGUCUCCUUCUACAUCGCGGAGUUCUGGAACACUGUCAGCAACCUGAUCAUGAUUCUUCCUCCCAUAUAUGGAGCCGUCCAGACGUUCCGGGACGGCCUGGAGUUUCGCUAUAUCUGCUCGUUUCUUGGUCUUUCGGCCGUCGGUGUCGGCUCCUGGUGCUUCCACAUGACGCUGCUGUAUGAGAUGCAGCUGCUGGACGAGUUGCCGAUGAUUUACAGCACGUGUGUGUUUGUGUACUGUCUCUACGAGAGCUUCAAGCAAGAGAACAGCAUCGGCGUGUUUCCUAUUGUGCUGUUGAUCAUCUUCAGCGCCUCGGUCACAUUGGUGUACCUACAGUGGAAGGAGCCAGUGUUUCACCAGGUCAUGUAUGGUGUCCUGGUAGCUUGCCUGGUGAUGCGCUCUGUCUUCAUUGUUACAUGGGUGUACCCGUGGCUCAGGGGCCUGUGUUACACCUCUUUAGGGAUCUUCAUGUUAGGAUUCCUGCUGUGGAACAUCGACAACAUUUUCUGCGACUCUUUAAGAGCCAGUAGACAAGUGCUGCCCCCUGGUGUUGGAGUGGUGACACAGUUCCAUGCUUGGUGGCACAUUUUCACAGGUCUUGGCUCCUACCUGCACGUUCUCUUCAGCUUGCAGAUCAGAUCCACCUACCUCAAGCAUAGACCAAAAGUCAAGUUUCUGUGUGGCGUCUGGCCCACUUUGCACAUCGAACCACAGAAGACGAGCUGAAGUGAGAAGAUGAGGAGCAACUUAAGGACGGUGACUGCCGAACCGGGCGCUAUUGGCAGAAACCUGCCUGGUGUCACCUUGCUACUGCUGGGAACUUGGCCCACAGGCAAGCAGCUGGUGCACCACAGGGCACCAACUUAGGGGCCAUUUGGUUCUGAGCUGUGGAAAAUGACUAAGCAAAGUAUAACACUGAAUUAUUUCAAGAAACUGAAGAUUCUUUCCAUUGAUUAUAAUUGAUUAGAUUAGUAUGUUUAAGGAGAUAGGCACCAGUACCCCUUCGAACCCCACUUGGGUCAAGGGUGUGCAGAAAAUGGAUGGAUGGAUAGCAUGUUUAAGUUAUUUUUAAGUGGGUAGUUUCUUUUUUUUUCCCCUCUUCUACCAUUUUCAGUGAGUGAGUGAUGCAGCCUGCCAUUAUAUAAGGAGUUAUAAAAGUGUUGUUGUAAAAUUAGUUGAACAGCUGUAAUUAAUUCAGUUUAUGACCAAUCAAGUACAUAAUCAAAUAUGAGCCAGCAUAUAUUUAUGGCCCCAUUCAGACGAGAAAGUAUCAUUGCUUAGGCUUAGUUUCUUAAGAAGCUAAAUCAGUUCGUUGUGUAGUUUUUGAAAAAAAUCAAAUAAAACAAACUUAGAGUGGAAGUGACCGUGUUUUGAUCUAAUGAGGAAAGUAAAAAUGCAAAUUUUACUUGAAUUGUCCACAAAAUGACAUGCCAUAACUGGAAUUCAGAUGCAGUUUUUUUUUCUUCUUUUCUUUUUUAUCCUAAUUAACUUUAUUGCCAAAGUUGCACAUGUUCGCUUGUAUUUAGUUGUCAUCCAGUGUGUGAAAUGUAUUACUGGUUUACCUUGAAAUGUUUUAAUGAAAGCUUGUAACACUGAAUCUGUUGACCGUUACUGGUGCUGGAGUGAGAGGCAUUUUCCUCUCAACUACUGCUGCACACUGGCAGUCAGCAGGCUGAAAAGAGGCUCAUAAACUGUAUUCUUACUUGAUGAAAGGAGAAAUGGAAACAAUAACGUAUAGCUACAUACAGUUGCGUAUUAAUUUGGUAUGUUUGCUCCCAAUACCAAACCAAUCGUUUAAUAACGAUCGGCAGAUUCUGACGACACGUCACCCAAAAUGUGCAGUUUUAUCACUUCUCAGUAGCAAAUUUAUUCCAUUUUGAUAUGUCUUGUCGAUUAUUUCCAUCUGCUGACAGAGACAGACAGGAAGUUACUACAGCCUCUCUGUCUGUGAAUAUUAAUAUAGACAGAAAACCCAGAUCUGAUGAACAGGUUAGAGGAUGCAAACUAUGUUGCUGCACAUUACCUGCAUCACAUUCCUGGAGGUGCAGCUGGCAUAAAAUUCUUCAGGAACUCCAAAAACAGUAAUUUUUAACACUGCCAUGAUCAGGAAUAUGGAAUAUCUGGAACAUCCCUUGUGGAAAAUGAAUGAGGUGCAGUAAUUCAGCAGGAAAAGAGCUAAUUUUUCAUUAGCAAUGAGAUCAAGUUUUGCAUUUUACUCACUUUAUAUCAAUAAACUCAAAAGUUUUUAUACAGUUUAACUUUGGCCUGUGCUUAGUUACUAAGAUUUCUCUUUCAUCACAAGCCUGAGCAGCAUUCACUAAAAGAGAGACAGAAUGCAUCACUUUUAACAUCACAGACUGUGCUGCAUUUUAUUUCAAACAUUUAUUGCACUCUUUUCUGUUAUUUAUUGCUUUUAGUCAUCACAUAGCUCAGCCAGAUGACUGCACAGAGGAGUACGAGUAGUUCGCGAUUCGAACACUGGAUGGCGCACCUUUCCAGCUCAUGCGGUCUAAAACCUUCCUACUGUAGAACCGCGGGAAUCUUUGCUUCUGCUUUCAUGUCUCAGAUGAAGUGUUCAAUGAAGGGCUUUUGUGUUUUUUGUUUUUUUUUGGUACUGUGAAGCGGUGCAGACGCAUUAGCCUCAAAAACCUGCACAAGCUUGAAGCGAGCGAGUAUCUGGAAUAUGCACAUUUCAGCCAUUAGGAUCUGCGUUUGUGUAAUCUGAGGCAGCACACGACACAUCACUUCGUUCUUAGUAAUACACAAUGUAGUUGGGGUUUUUUCAGUGUACAAGCCCAGUGUUAAACAUCCACAAGCACAAUAUAUGAAACAUAAGUAUUAGCCUCCUCCAGGGGUCUUUGUGAAUCUCUGUGUUAUCUCGAAGUCACUGCUCAUCAGUAAGAACUGAGCAGAUCUCAAAGCGGGUGCCUUAUUGCUAUCACUGCAGUGUAACCCAAGUUGCCUUGACAUUUGUGAGAAACUUCUCAUUUCAUCCAAUGCAUUCGCCCUCUGGUGAUUAGCCACCGGCGCUUCAGAAGGACCAACGUUCGCGGCUUUAGGGUUAGGGGUUAGGUUUAGGUUAGGGUUAGGGUUAGGUUUAGGGUAGGGUUGGGGUAACCCUCUGUGCCUGACUCUUUGGCCUCCCAUCCAGGUCACUGUGUGUGGAGCCUCCACUCUGUUCCACGUACAUUUUGCCUGUAUAAAGAUCUCAUCCUGUAACAUUUUCUGUGUUUAUGGCCAGAACGCCAAACUCUGCCAACAGUUUUGUUGUAAUUUGAUCAGUCUUUGUUGAUGUCAAAUAAAGAACAUUGUGUCAAACUCUUGAAA